UUCAGAUUUAGGGCAUAACAAUAUUAAAACUUAUUACUACACAGAAAGAAGAAAGAAAAUGACAGAAAAAACUAAAAACUUCGAUUCAAGCCAAAGGAGCUUAGAUAAGUCAUCAUGGCAGGAAUUCGUAACUAUGCCAAGUAUUAGGGAUUUAGACUGUCCAGAUUACAGAACAUACUCAAAACGUUUAAUAGAAGCUGGAAAAGGUAGGAAUUUAGAAUUAAUGUGGGAACAAAACAGGUCAAAAAGGUCUGUUGGAACUAAAAAAGUAGUAGAAAUUGAAAAUUUUAGAAUAUUAGAAGAUAAAGCUGCUAUAUUAAAUGCUACUACUCUAAAAAGCCAAAUGGCUAAGAUUUAUCGCCAUGUUGACUUAGGAAUUAAAGUAGCUGAAUCUGACUUGGAUGCUAAACGAAAUAAACUAAAAGCUGUAAUUUUAAAGGAAGAAACUGAUUUGACUCAUGAAUAUGUGGAUAGAGCCCAAAAGUUAGCUGAAGAACUCCUUAAACAAAAGAAAAAAAAAGUUGUUGAAAUAGAAAUAAGAAAAAAAAGAGAAAGAGAGGAAGAAGCAAGGCUCCGCCUUGAACAGCAAGCUCAAGAAAAUUCAGAAGAGUAUAGAAUACAAGUAAGUAAGAAUAUGAAACUAGAAACUGCCGAAGUUCAAAAACAGCAAAUUUGUGAAAAAAUGAUGCAAAAAGAGAGAGAAGGUGAAUGGGAUAAAUUUUGGUUAGACUUGGAAAACAAAGUUGAUAAUGAGAGAAGAAAAUAUGAAGAACAUGAAGAAACGGUCAGAUUGACAAAAUUACAAGAGCAAAGAGAAAUAUUGAACAAGCAAAUAAUUGGUAAGAAAAUAAUGCAGAAUGAAAUGAAACAAAUCAAAGAAAAUGAAAAUAUAUUUCUUGAUAAACUAAAACAACAAAUUAAAGAUGAGGAACAAAAGGAGAAAGAAUUUAUACUCCAACAAAAAUUGGAGAUGAAAAAUAUAUCAUUAGCGCAACUUGAAGAAAAUCGAAAAUUGAGGAUGGAGAAAGCUGCUUUUGAAAAAGCAUUUGAUGAUUAUUAUUGUCAAAAAGUUGCAGAAAAUAUUCAAAAUGAAAAACUUAAUAAACGUGACACAAGAGUUGAAAAUAGAAGAGAGGCUGAUUAUUUUAGACAGCAGUUAAAAGAAAUCCAUGAAGCAAAAUUGGAAGAAGAAAGACAAUUUGAGAUUUUAAGACUGCAAGAGGUAGCAAAAAAAGAUGCUAUUAUUCGUAAAAAUCAAGAAAUUAUGAAAGAAGCCUCAGAAAGACUCCACAGAGAAACAUUAGAAACAAGAAAACAACAGAUAAUACACAAAAAACAAAUGUUAGAAAUGGAAAAGGAAACCGAAAAACUUACUGAUAAAUGGUCACAAAUUAUGUUAGAUAAAAAUAAAGAGUUAGAUAAAAUAAUGGAAAAUUAUCAGAAAGAGGAAGAAGUGCAACGAGUGAAAGAUCUUGCAGGUCAAAGUGAGUAUGCAAAGCUUUUAAGGACAAGAGAAAUUAUAGAAAAUGAUGACUUUAUGACUAAACAGAAGAAAGAUCAAGAGUUAAAGGAUAUAUCCUGGCAAAAAUUUGAUACCAGUUGUCCAGGUUCUGUUCAUCCAUUUACAAAAGUGUUAUUAAAUAAAUAAAUUAGCCACAUAUGUCUU